AUGGUUGUCCCCAGAACUGGAAGCAUUGCCAAACAAGUACAAACAAAGUCAAUUACAUUCUGUUGGAAUAGCAAUCUUCAACUGCAUCAAAGAACACACACAGGGGAGAAACCUUUUGAAUGCUCAGAGUGUGGAAAGAGAUUCAGUCACAGUGGCAGUCUUCAACAGCAUCAAAGAACACACACAGGGGAGAAACCUUUUGAGUGCUCAGUGUGUGGAAAUAGAUUCAGUCACAGUGGCAAUCUUCAUCUUCAUCAAAGAGCCCACACAGGGGAGAAGCCUUUUGAAUGCUCAGUGUGUGGAAAGAGAUUCGGUCAACGUGGACACCUUCAAAGGCAUCAAAGAAUCCACACAGGGGACAAACCUUUUGAAUGCUAUGUGUGUGGAAAGAGAUUCAGUAACAGUAGCAAUCUUCAAAGGCAUCAAAAAACACACACAGGGGAGAAACCUUUUGAAUGCUCUGAGUGUGGAAAGAGAUUCAGUCACAGUAGCAAUCUUCAACUGCAUCAAAGAACACACACAGGGGAGAAACCUUUUGAAUGCUCUGAGUGUGGAAAGAGAUUCAGUCACAGUUGCAGUCUUCAACUGCAUCAAAGAACACACACAGGGGAGAAACCUUUUGAAUGCUCAGAGUGUGGAAAGAGAUUCAGUCACAGUUGCAGUUUUCAACAGCAUCAAAGAACACACACAGGGGAGAAACCUUUUGAGUGCUCAGUGUGUGGAAAGAGAUUCAGUCAGAGUGGCCAUCUUCAUCUUCAUCAAAGAGCCCACACAGGGGAGAAACCUUUUGGGUGCUUAGAGUGUGGAAAGAGAUUCAGUCACAGUGGACACCUUCAAAGGCAUCAAAGAACCCACACAGGGGAGAAAUCUUUUGAGUGCUCAGUGUGUGGAAAGAGAUUCAGUCACAGUGGACACCUUCAAAGGCAUCAAAGAACCCACACAGGGGAGAAAGCCUAUCAGUGCUCAGAGUGUGGAAAGAGAUUCAGUCGGAAGGGCAGUCUUCAAAAUCAUCAAAGAACCCACACAGUGGAGACACCUGUUGAAUGCUCAGAGUGUUGA